UGAUUCUAAGCCGGUGUGAUUUUUGUUUGUUUUUUUUUUGUUUACCGAAUACUUUUGAAAUAUUGUAAAACCAGUAAAAAGAAAACCCAAUAGUGAAUAGUGAAGGAUUCCAGAAAAAUGUCACAUUUAACUGGCACCCGCGUUAGCACCUUCAAUGAGUCCUUCCUCAACGAAAAUGAGCAUGACUCUAAUGCGGUGCUCAUGGAGCUGGAUAAAGGCCUACGGAGCGCCAAACAGGGUAUUCAGUGUGAGGCAAUUGUACGCUUCCCACGCCUCUUCGAGAAGUACCCAUUUCCGAUUCUAAUCAACUCAUCAUUCAUCAAGUUGGCCGAGUUUUUUGUCAGCGGUUCGAAUCUGCUGCGCUUCUGGGUGCUCCGUGUGUGCCAGCAAAGCGAGAAUCAUUUGGACAAGAUUCUCAACAUUGAUAACUUUGUGCGACGCAUCUUUAUGGUGAUGCACUCGAAUGAUCCGGUGGCACGUGCACUGCUUCUACGCACCCUGGGCGCCGUGUCUCGCGUUAUACCCGAAAAGCAACAGGUUCAUCAUGCCAUUCGCCGAGCCCUGGAUAGCCACGAUACGGUCGAAGUGGAAGCGGCCAUCUAUGCCAGCAGUUGCUUUGCCGCCCAGUCGAGCUCCUUUGCCAUUAGUAUGUGUGCCAAGAUCUCGGAUAUGAUUGAGUCGCUUCAAGUACCGGUGCCCAUGAAGCUACUGCUGAUUCCUGUGUUGCGGCACAUGCACCACAAUGCCAAUACGGCGGCACUGGUAAGCAAGCUGUGUCUGGAUCUGCUGCCAAAAUAUCCGGCCCAGAGUUUUGUGGUUGCCAUCAUUGAUACACUCACACAAUUGUCAGCUCGCACUCUGGUGGGUGUACCUAGCCAACUGGAUGUGCUUCUCAAUUUUAUGCAAGAUCUGCGGACACCAGUGCGCAUCCAGGUGCUUCGUUCGUUUAACGAGUUGGCCGGCAAACAGAGUGUCCACGCCUGGCCCAAGCCGGCUAUUGGAGAGCUAAUUGUCAAAUUCGAUGCCUGCACCAAUGCCCAGGAACAGUUUCUGUUUCUCUCCAUACUGCUGAAGCUUAGCGAGUGUCCACUCACAUGCCAGCAAUUACUCAGAGAGCAUCGUGCUGCCUUGUUGCGAGUGUGUCUGGAGUGUAUAAGCAAGUUGGAUGAUUAUACGACCGCCACACAGGCCAUGGCUGUGCUAUCGGCCCUGGCGGCCUUCGGCUUGAAGCGUCGUGAUAGUCAAAUCAAUGUGGACGAUAUUCUGCACAUGGUAAAUUUGCAUAUGGAAGGUCUGCUAUUGUGCACGGCCCGACGAGCAGAAUGCACCCGUGACCUGAGACGAGUGCUGGCGUAUGGAAUUAGAAUAACACAAGCCAAUGCGGAAUUCGGAUCAGAUUUCAUUGAGAUGGUGACCAAUACACUGGGUGAUAAUGUCCAAUAUCCGCCAGCCAAUUCGGAACUUAUUUGCGAGGCUCUCGUUGGACUCUGUGAGCAUUUCCAGUUGCGUAAAUAUGCCUUCGCCACAUCGGAGGGAUUGAAUGUACCAGAAGCUAUGGACACAGAUGAGCCUGCGCCGCCCAAAGUUAAUCCUAUGCUCUCGCGCCUGCCAUUGAUUCUCUGCAAGCUGAACAAACUGAUCGAUAUGGAAACGGCCGGAGAGCAACAAUUACGUACUGUGGAGAUUCUCAGUGCCCUGGUCCUGCAGAGCACUAUGGGUUGCUAUCUGCCCCAAAAGGUGGUGAAUUGCUUUGAAAAGUGCCUGGGACGUCUCAAUUGCUGGACCUUGUACAGGAUUGCACGAACUGCAAGUCGCUAUGGCCACCACUAUGUGGCUGCCCAUAUCUAUACAAAGAUCUCACAGAUGGUGAUCAGCGAUCACAUGCACUACUUCCUUGUGGCUCUGUCGCAAAUAUCUCAGGCCGAAUGUGUACUCAAUUAUGGCCUGGAGUAUAAUCACAUGAGGGAUAACUAUGCUCCUAAGGAGGCGCCACAGCCUUUGAUUCCACUGAUGCGGCGAUUGGAGGCGGCAAGUAAUCUUUACCAGCAGGCAUUGGCCAGCAUGCGGGCGUGCUCAUCGCCCCAGCACCCUUGCACAUUCCAGUUGGAAUUUCUCAAGAUUAGAGCGCAAUAUCUGCAGACGCUUCAUUUGGCUGUGACCGUGAAAAAUGCCCAAGUCAUUGUGCCACCGCCGGCCAUUGCUGGCAGUCUGGCUCAGAAUUCUCGGGAUUAUUUACAAAAGUUCGGACAUGUGACCAAUCAGCUCCGAAAGCUGGUCAAGGCCGUGAAAGCCUGCGAAGAAACGUAUGCUCGCCUGUAUAGGUCAUCCUUUGACGCUGAUAACGUCACGUUGGAAUUCCUUGAGGUUUCCGAGUUCCAGUGUGCUUUCUUUGCUCACAUAAUUGAGUCGAUUUGCUAUGCCACGCCCCCAGAACCGCCUGUCUUUCUUACCACUGGCAAUCACCCGGAGACACGAUAUUUUGCUGCCAGUUGCCAGCGCAUGGAGCAAAUGCAAAAGAAUCUACCCCAAGAGAUGCCCAAAACAAUUAGCAAUCGCCAUCUAGAAGUGAUAAUUGCCCAAAUUGAGAUAAUCACCAAGACGCCAUUAUGUCUACCACGCUAUUUCUUCCAAAUCCUACAAUCAACACAAAUCAAACUAUCGGUUAGUCCACAGCCACGCAGUUCCACUGAGCCGGUCAAUGUGCAGUCGGGCAGCAAUUUGGUUAUUAAAGUGGAGGGCGUUCUUCAGCACUUUAGCAAGCAACAGAAGCAUUUCCGUCGCGUUGACACUGUCCAACUAAGCCUCACGUCGCAGCUAAUUACGCCUCCGCCGCGCUCAACUACAGCAGACAUGAAGCCACCGACCAGCGAUACCGUCACCCUUAAUCAGAUAGUUAAGCCACAGCGUGAUUUUCUAUCGGGCAGUUUUCUGCUGCCCAUUUCUAGUGGCGGACACUUCCAAGUCACUUUGGAGACGUUCGUAAUCGAUGAGCAUGGCAUUACGUGGUGCACUGGUCCCAAAUCUUCAAUGAUGGUGCGUGUCCUAGAGGAUCCAACAAAACCAGCGACAACAGCGCCAAGUACUUCUCAGGCUGUUGGCCAAGCACGCCGCUUUUAAAAAAAAAGAAACUUUUGUUUUUUUAUACUUAACAAAAUAAAGUAAGAGCUUAAACGAUAACAAGAUAAA